AUGCUUCCCGCCACCUCCAAGCUCUGCGCUGCCAUCUCCUACCGGCACCUGCGCAACAUGACGGGUCUGAGAAGACAAGCAGCUGUUGCCAUCAGCCAGGAGCUGAGCCGGCUCGCCUGCCGCAGCCCCGGGCCCAGCACCUGGAUCCACCAGGUGCGCAGGAGAAGCUCCUUGCUCAGUUCAAGGCUGGAGGAGAAACCCUUCAGUGAGAUGGAAAUGUCUUACAUCAAGCAAGGGGAGGAAGCCCUGCAGAAAUCACUCAGCAUCCUCGGGAACCAGGAUGGCUGGAAGACAGAGAUUAUGGUGGGUAACGGGGACAAAGUGCUGAGCAAAGUGCUCCCCGACGUGGGCAAGGUGUUCCGCCUGGAGGUGGUGGUGGACCAGCCCCUGGAUGCAGUGUAUGCUGAGCUGGUGGACAACAUGGAGCAGAUGGGAGACUGGAAUCCCAACGUCCAAGAGGUUAAGAUUCUCCAGAAGAUUGGGAAGGAUACAGUCAUCACCCACGAGAAGGCAGCUGCUCCCCCUGGGAACAUCGUUGGACCCCGGGACUUUGUGAGCGUCCGGUGCUCCAAGAGACGCGGCUCCACCUGCGUCCUGGCCGGCAUGGCCACCAAGUUUGGAGCCAUGCCCGAGCAGGAGGGCUUCGUCAGAGCUGAGAACGGUCCCACCUGCAUGAUCCUGCGCCCGCUGUCCGGCAGCCCCUCACAGACCAAGCUCACCUGGCUCCUCAGCAUUGACCUGAAGGGCUGGCUGCCAAAGACCAUCAUCAACCAGGUCCUCUCCCAGACACAGGUCGACUUUGCCAACCACCUCCGGGAGCGCCUCGCCCGGACCUGCUGA